CCACUCUUUUUCCAUACAUACAGAAAAAUUUGGAAGCUAUGGCAAACGAGCAAGCGACUUCCACCAAGAUUCACUACAUUUCAAGUUGUGUGGUUCGACCAUCAUCCCACAACAAAGAAGCAGAAACAGAGCUAGCGUGGCGGCAACGGCUAAUCCAUCUCACUCCUUGGGAUCUCAGGUUGCUCUCCGUAGAUUACAUCCAGAAGGGCAUUCUCCUUCCCAAACCCCCCACCCCCGUCAUUCCCCGCCUCAUAUCCUCCCUCUCGCUCGUCCUCGAUCACUUCUAUCCCCUCGCCGGCCGUCUCGCCACCAUCAAUCACGACACCACGCCGCCAUCUCUCUCGGUCGCCAUCGAAUGCAACGACGAAGGAGCUCAACUCAUCCAUGCCGCCGCCACGGACAUAACCACGGCCGACAUCUUGACCCCUCGCUUUAUCCCCAGCAUCAUCAAAUCCUUCUUCCCUCUCAAUGGAGCCAUCAACCACGACGGCCACUCCCUCCCACUUCUCGCCGUCCAGGUCACAGAAUUGGCCGAUGGCGUCUUCGUCGGCUGCGCUCUCAACCAUGUGGUCGCCGACGGCACCUCCUUCUGGCACUUCCUCAACUCGUGGUCGGAGAUCUCCCGAACCGGCGUCCCACAGAUCUCUCGGCCACCCAUGCUCGAUCGCUGGUUCCAGGAAUCAUGCUCGCCUCCCAUCCAUCUACCUGUUUAUAAACGUGAAGACUUCAUUAAGGUAUGUCCAUCAUCUCAUCUCAGUGAAGCUUUCUUCCAUUUCUCUGCACAAACUAUUGCAAAGCUCAAGCUCAGAGCCAACAUGGAGAUGAGCACGGAUCGCAUAUCUUCACUCCAAGCACUGCUAGCUUUUGUAUGGCGAUCGGUGCUUCGUGCUCAAAGGCUUCCACCUAAUGAGAAGACUAGCUAUCGCGUCACAGUAAACUAUCGACCGAGAUUAGACCCACCAUUGCCGGAGGAAUAUUUUGGUAGCACUGCUAUGGGGGUUCCAACGUCGACAGCUUCUGCAGGGGCGGUGUUGGACCGGGGCUUGGGAUGGGCGGCGUCGUUAUUGAACCAGAUGGUGGCCUCCCAGACUAAUGACAUGAUUCGGAAUUGGCUGGAAUCAUGGACUCGGAAUCCCACCUUUCUAUGUGUUAAGGAAGCGAAGGUUGGUACCGUUGUCACAGGUAGCUCGCCGAGGUUUGAUGUCUAUGGGAAUGACUUUGGAUGGGGGAGACCGAUUGCAGUCCGAAGUGGUGCGGCCAACAAGUUGAAUGGAAAGAUAUCCGUCUUUCCAGGAAGUGAAGAAGGGAGCACGGCUUUGGAUGUGUGCCUUUCAUCCCAAGCAAUGAGAUUGUUGCUACAGGACAAGGAGUUCAUGGAAAAUGUUAUGUAAAUUUUAGUUGUUCUUGAUAAGAAAAUUUAACUGAGAUAUUGCUAUGUUGUUGGCAAAGAACAAGUGGAGAUCAUAGAGCUCCGCUCCUCUCAAUAACUUCAGGAAUAUGUAAACAUUUCUGAUAAGUAUUAUUGGCUUAAUGUGAAGUGUAAGAUUUGUCAAGGUUUAUUAUUGUUUUAAAAAUGAUGCA